AUGCUACCAUCGUCACUUUCUUCAAUUGCAAGCCUGUCUACCAUUAUUCCAUCCAUCAUACGAUGGCUGUUUCCCUGUGCAUUAUUAUUGUUAUUACUAUUCAGCGCUUCUAGCGUCUAUGGUCUGCAUGGAAUAGCUCCAACUUCAAUUGUUUAUACAGGUAAUGGUGACACAGCAGAAGUUGGAUAUAUUGUGGAUGUUAAUAAUGAUCAAUUGUUGGAUUUUGUGUUAACGUAUUAUCAGCGAGAUUUUAACUUUGCGUCUAACGUGAUAUUCCUCAAUAAUGGUUGCGAGUUUGUGAGACAUUCAAGUCCUUUCGAACCAUUGGUGUAUUGUAAACAACAUUUUCUGAAUCAAAUCAUGAUCAAAUGGGAAGAUGAUCCUCCAAUUGUCACUUUGCAUAUUCCCAAUGAAACAUUCACAGACACAAUCCGUUUGCCUUAUCAUCCAACUGAAAUUCCAGCAAUCAUCUUUGCAAUGAGUGGUGUCAGGAUUGGAACACCUAUGGAAAAGUUUUACAAGGGUGACACUCAAAUUCAAUUUCAUGCCAUUCAAAAAGGUGAUGAAAUUUACGUUGGAGAGCCUGGUCCUCGCAGUGCAUCGUCAUCCAGGAGUGGUAGUAGUGGUGGUGGAGGAAGCUCACGGUAG